AUGGCCAGCAAACAUCACUCCUCGAGUCUAAGAGAACCUGCAUCUACAUUGAGCUCCAAUGAUUAUAAUACCCGCUACAAGCGUCAAUAUCUGCUAGCAGCCCAGCAAUCUCCCACGAGAAAGCCGAGUGUGGAGCGAACAGCUCGUGAUGCGCCCAUGAGUCUAAUUCAGGAAAUCAGAGACAACAUCACCUACGAAAACCAAUCCAACACCGAAGACUGUACGGAAGAUAUGAGAUUCCAGGGCAUUGUCUCCGAAGAUCGGACACAGGCACUUCUGGAAGAGUUUUUCAAGUUGUCGAGUCGAUGGCUAUUCAUGAGUACCGAUCCUGUCCAACUACGCACCAAGUCGCCACUCCUUUACGGAACUUGUCUUCUAGGUGGUCUUCGUGCGAUUCCAGCUUUACAUGGAUCCGAAAUACAUCAAGCAUUGUAUCGCCAUGUUCACGGACUCUUGGGCCAAACUCAUCUAUCUUCCGCUAGCUCGCUGGAUACGAUCCAGUCAAUGUUCAUUCUUUCUAUGUGGGACCUGCGACCCACUCUGGGUCAUGAGCAUGGGAAUUCAUGGCUGUUAAGCGGAACAGCCGGAAUGCGAGUGAUGAUGACGACUUCUUUCGAGCAACUGUUGAAGCCAAAUAGCAGCGAACAAGAAGCUCGAGCACAGGAACUGAUGCGUACCUGGAACUUGAUUUGUCUCUGCCAGCUACAGUUCUCUGUCGGUUCUGGUCGUCCGCCAGUUAUCUCCGGUCAGUACUUUGACGAAUGCGUUAAAGUUCUUGGAUUCUCGUCAUAUAGUGCGCGCGAUGAGCUUGUACUAGCUGGUGUCAGAUUGUAUCAAGUCCUUUGGGGAUUGAUGAGUUCAGAUGGCAUUCAAAAGACAAGCCCUAUUUGGCCAGAGAUUGAUAGUUUGCAAAAAUCCCAAGAGAAUAUCUACAAGCUUGACUCCUCUGAACCCCUUCGCUUUGCAUAUUCUUGUGCCUAUUUGAUGCUGGCGCGUCGGACGCUCCAACACAUAAAUCACACCGAAUCCAGCCAAUGGGAUAACCCCGGAGUAUCAUUUCAGACAUCUGCAGUCCAGUUUAUUGAGUGUUCAAUUCAUCACUCUAUUCAAAUACUGAACCUCUUCCUAUCCAUGUCGGAAUUGACCGCUUACAUCCACCCUGCCUAUGAGAAUCUUCUAUGCUCCUUCGCAAUGGUAACAUUAGCCGAGUUCGUCACUCAUCUAGCUGAUGUUGGUCAAACAAUGCUUCUGAUGGAACAAGCCUUUUCACAUAUCCAAUGUGUGAGCAAGACAGAGCCAGUGAGUCGAUGGUGUCUCAAUAUCAUAAAGCGACAUUUCGUGGAGCAUCAUGGCCCAGUCCAUUCUGGACUGGUUGGAGCAAAUGGAUCGGAAACAUUGAUAUCGCAAUCGGUUCAAGAUUUCUCGGAGCCUUGGGAUGAUAAUGAGUGGAGUAUCCAACAAGAGUUUCCGUCGCUUGAAGACAUGCUCUUUGGGAACGUUAUUUGA